CCAAAACCAUACCAAACUUGCACAAACUCCUUUAAAACCACGCCACCCGCCGCCGACGACGAGACCCUUUCCCUCCGUUUCCACACACCUCUCUCUCUCUCUUCUUCUUCUCCGAUGGCCUCCUCCGCGCGCGACCUCUCCGGCGACCCACCGGAGUCCACCCGGCUGCGGAUCGGCGACGACAUCGCCUGGUCGGACGUGGGCGGCGUCUACGACCGCGACGACUCGCUCAAGGAGAACACCAACCCCAAGUGCAUCCUCAAGAACCACCUCCCCGGCGCCCACAACGGCGGGUCGCAGAGGUUCUCCGGCAACCUCAAGCCCACGGCGGCGCCCAUCAUCGGGAUAUCGGGGAAGCUCGGGCAGGGCGGCAAGAACCGCCACCACCCGCCGGCGAUGUUCCCCAAGAAGGUGGCCGUCACGGGAGGCGGCGGCCGCAACCCCAAGGCGGCCGUCCCCGAGCACGAGCCGACGUCGCCCAAGGUCUCCUGCAUCGGCAAGGUCCUCUCCGACCGUGAGCGCGCGCGCCGGGGUCGCCGGCCGGCGGGGCGGAUGGUCCCCGCCGGUGGCUGCUGCCCCGGGCUCGGCGGUCUGUUCCGCCGGAGUCACUCGCGGAAGAAGAACGCCGUGGAGUGCGUCGACCAGUCCCCGCCUCCGCUGCCUCCAUGGGCGUCGAGGCGGGGAGAGCCGAAGGAGGUCAAGGAGGCGACGCCGGCGGCGGCGGCGGCGAUGGCGCCGGGGUUGGGAGGGAUGAUGCGGUUCGCGUCGGGGAGGCGGGCGGCGGAUUGGGCGACCGAGAUGGAGCCGGAUGGACGCGUGGCGAGAUCUGGGCCGUUGUAGUAGAGGACUAUUUGGGUUUGGUACGAGUCUCUGUUGCUGUUAGUUGGUGCCAGUGCUUUCGGUGUAGUUGAGAUGUGUACAUACUGCAGUUAGGACACAUUUUUUUGGGCUCCUUCUCCAUUUAAUUUUUGUUUAAUUUUUUUGGCUUGUUUUUGUCUGUUGAGAUUUGAAUAGUUUGUUGGGUUGGAGUGUUGUAUGAAAACUAUCAGAAGAUUUCGUAUUUGGAUUGAUUAUACUAAUUAGUUUCCAUGGUCUUC